CACAGAUCGAAGUACACCGUUUCUGUGAUCGCUAUGUCUAUCUUCACCCAUAAUCAUGGCGUCACAGACUGAAGGCAUUAUUUUAUCGACUGUUGUGACUCUGAAUGGCAAAUCAAAUCGCCUAACACUGAGUGGAAGCCAUCUGUGCUGGUCACCAACCUUUCCAGAGCGUGCUCAAUAUCAUCAGCAUUAUGUUAAAGUGACAGAGAUUAUUACAGUCAAAGCAGAAUAUGAAUUCCAUCCAGGUGGCCAUUAUGAAAAGUACUCAAAAUAUUCUAAAAUAAAUACAAUUGAACUACUUCCGAAAAAGUCAAAUGUUUUCUCAGUUUACAUGAUAAAACGAAAUGGACGACAUAAAUGGAAAGAUAGGAAAGUUAGCUUUCACUGCAGAGAUUCUUCAUGUGCAAAUGAUUGGAUUGAAAACAUAAAUCGUACUAUAAACAAACAAGAUGUAUCCAGACCACAGAGACUCCUUGUUUUUAUCAAUCCAGUCGGUGGCAAGGGAAAAGGAUGCAAAAUUUACAGAGAGAAAGUUGCUCCAUUAUUUGAGUUGGCUGGAAUUGUAACUGAGGUCAUAGUGACUGAAAGAUCAAAUCACGCUAAAGAUAUUUUACAAGAAAAAGAGUUACACAAAAUAGAUGGUGUUAUUAGUGUGAGUGGUGAUGGCAUGGCUAGUGAGGUGGUAAAUGGGUUGUUAUUAAGAGCACAGAAGGAUGCUGGCAUUAACUUCAAUGAUAAGAAAUCUAAAUUAGUGUCCUUAUCUCACAGAGUGGGUAUUAUUCCUGCUGGAUCAACAGAUACAAUUGUUCACAGUACAGUGGGCACCAGUGAUCCAGUGACGUCAACUUUACAUAUUAUACUAGUUGGGCUCUUUAGUAAAUCAGACAAAGUCUCAUCCCUACCCAACACAACAGUUCGUGUUUCUGGGCAUGGAGUUCAACACAGAGGUAGGCUUGGUACAUCUAUUCGAAGCACGUUGCCUGGUGCUAGCAACCUAGCCGAACACCUAGUCAGCGUUCCCUCAGUGUUCCUCCAAGAACUAAUGCGGAUCAUCGGAAUGAUGACCUUGGUUUGA